CGUCAAGGGCUGUGGGUCGUCCACUCACCCUCCCACGCUACGACCUCCCCUUUUCUCGCCGUCUCCUCCGGAUCCUAGUCUUCGCCUGCCACGCCACCUCGCCGCCCACUUCGCUGUCUCCAACUUCCGGCGCCGACAGAUGGAUACGGCGGUUGUUCCAAGCUCCGUAGUCGUCAACCACUGCGCGCUUCAGCUGUGGGCUUCCAGCGUUGGCUUGGGGGGCGAGGUGGAGCGGCUCAUUGCUGCUCGCAGGGAACUCAGCACGGUGCUCACAGAGGCGCAGGGGAGGGAGAUCCACAACAACGCCCUGGUGCUGCACCUUAGGGAAGCCUGGCAGAAGGCAUCCCGCGCCGCCGACCUGCUGAGCACGCUGGAGUACUACCGCAACGAGGGGGAGAUGGAGCAUGACGACGAUAAGCUGCUGCAUGACAUUGCCGACCAAAAUAUGCUUUUCUCCACGCCUGGAAGUGAUAUUAAGUUUUCUAAUAAUGAUAUAGCUGAAGCUGCUGAAGACACUACAGAAAGUUCUUCUAUCAGGAAUGAAGAUUCAUCUCAACCCGCUCUUCAGAUUAUCCCAUAUAAUGCCAGCACAAUGGUCGUUGCUAACACUACUAGUCCAGUACCCCAUCUUGAGAUACUUGACAAGAAUAUCUCACGCGAGAUAAGUGAACACGUUGAGGAAUGCAACAGGAUAACCAUGUAUGUGCGUAAGGCUCUCGAGCUUGAAAAUCUGGAUAACCAUAUUGUGCAGAAAUACCAUAGCACCAGGUCAGAUCCUCGGGAGACGUCGCCUUGUCAUACUGAACCCAAAGUUCAUGGGAGGGACCAAGAGCGGGACUUCAUAAUAAGCAAGUUAACAGGUGAGGAAUCUACUAGGAAAAGCCUCUCUGUCCUUGCCAUCACUGGUCAUGGAGGUGUCGGGAAGACUACUUUGGCUAAGCUGGUCUUCAACAACUCGAUAGUGUCAAAGCAUUUUGACAUACUAUUAUGGGUUUAUGUCUCUGUUCACUUUGAUCAAGUAAAGAUCAUGCGUGAACUGUUGGAUACAUUGUGCAGGGACAAGCAUGAAAACAUCAAGAAAUCUAUGGUGCAACUCCAAGAGAAGCUUGAGUAUAUGCUGAAGUCGAAACGUGUGCUACUUGUUAUGGAUGACAUGUGGGAGGAUAGCAAAAAGGAAGAAUGGGAUGAGCUGCUAAACCCAUUGCUCACCAAUGACGUCAAUGGAAAUAGGGUUCUCGUCACCACUCGUAAACCAUCUGUUGCGACAAUGAUAGGAGCUUCAGAUCUCAUUAACCUGGACGGUUUGAACAAGGAUGACUUUUGGUGUUUGUUUAAAGAAUGUGCCUUCGGAGAUGAGAACUAUAAGGGAGAGCGGAGACUGGAGAAAAUCGGGAAGCAGAUAGUUGAAAAGUUAAAGGGCAACCCUUUAGCAGUAAAGACUCUCGGCAAAGUAUUGAGAAGGAGAUUUGACGUUGAUUACUGGAGAAGAGUUCUGGAUACUAGUGAAUGGAAAUAUGAAAGUGAUGAGAACGAUAUCAUGCCGGCUUUGACGAUCAGCUACAAAUCUCUACCGGUUCACCUCCAACAGUGCUUCUCGUACUGUGCUGUGUUUCCUAAGUAUUAUAGGUAUGACAAAGAACAUGUGGUCAAUAUGUGGAUCGCGCAAGAUUUCAUAUAUUCUCCUGACAUGCAUAGACGACUGGAGGACAUUGGAAUUGAGUACUUCAAUGAUCUAGUCGAUGCGGGUUUUUUGGAAACACAAUCUGAACUUUCAACCCUACUCAUCAUGCAUGAUCUAAUUCAUGAUCUGGCACAGAAGGUUUCAUCUCAUGAAAGCUUCACCAUAGAGGACAACGAGCCCAGGGAUGCACCGCUGCUUGUCCGUCAUGUCAGUGUAAUCACAGAGCGGGAGUACAAGACAGAAAUAAAUGGUACCGUGCAUCCUAAUGAGCUUUUUCUUCGGGAGUUCUCCAGUUCCUUCCGCACAUUGCAACGACGGAGCUUAAGCACAUUGAUGCUAUUUGGGCCACAUGACUCGGGUUUUGCCGACACAUUUCGUCAAGAACUCAAUGAGGUAAGGUCAGUCCGUGUGUUGAAGCUGGAGAUGGUCUUCUUUGAGUUGGAUGCACUAAUAGGCAACAUCUCAGCAUUUAUCAAUCUUCGCUAUCUAGAGCUGGGCUGCUUUUACGAGGGUCCCAGGUUGGAAUUGCCUGAGGCUAUCUGUAGGUUAUAUCACCUACAAGUCCUGGAUAUAAAGAAGAACUGGGGAGUUAACACAGUUUUACCGAGAGGAAUGAGCAAGCUUGUUAACUUGCGUCAUUUUAUUGCUGAAAAGGAAUUACAUGCAAAAAUAGCCGGCAUCGGAAAGAUGGUUGCCCUGCAAGAGCUCAAGGCAUUUGAUGUCAGGGAGGCAAGUGAGUUUAGCAUAUCGCAGUUGAAUGGAUUGAAUCAGUUAAGAGGAUCAAUAAGCAUUUCUAGUCUUUACAGCGUACGGCGGCGCGAAGAGGCUACCGAAGCAAGGCUCUGCGACAAGGUCUACAUUACUAGUCUGGAAUUGUCAUGGUAUAAUUUAUCUGGGUCUCUCAUUCUGCCGCGUACUCUUCCUAUCUUGGAGGAGCUUCUACCACCAUCUGGCCUUAUAAAUUUGCGAAUUGUACAUUACAGACAUGCUUUACCAUCUUGGCUUAGCAGCAAUGUCCAUCUGACCUCAUUACGGUCAAUUCAUCUGGUUAAUUGCUUACACUGGGAAACAAUUCCACAUCCCCAGCAGUUGCCUCUUCUCCAGGAGAUGCAUUUGAUUAACCUGUCUCGGGUUAAAAAAAUAGAGAUUGGUCCUCUCAAGAUCCUGGAACUACGCAGGUUGCAAAAUCUGAGGCAGUGCAUACUUUUUGACAAGGAACAGUCAUAUGCUAAUCUGCAAAUCCUUGAAGUGGAAGGAUGCCCUAGAUUGAACGAGUUUCUAUCGCAGAUAUUCAUCUCAUCCAGUACGUACCAGUUUCAUGGUCUUCGCAGGCUUCAGAUACACAAUGACUUCAUCCUCAGUACCAUCCCGCUCCUUCAGCUCAUAGUCAUAGAUUCUUUAGCAGAUAUAGAUCUGUGUGGCGAAAACACAAAUUUUGGGGGAUUUCGACUAAAACCAUUCGGCGUAUCAAAUGGGUUCAGUCUACAGAUAGAAGGAAAUCAAAAUAUUCAGAAGCUAGAUGAAAGAUUGUUCACAUUGGACAAACUCAAGGAUUUGCGGGAGCUUGAAAUCAGGGAUUAUUCCAUCGUGACACACCAACAUCGAUCAUGGGAAGGCUUUCAACAGCUGACAUCGUUGAAAAAGUUCAGAAUGAUCAAUUGCCCAGCAAUAUUUCCUACCAACCUCGAGCUCUUUCUGCCUCCAUCAAUUGAAGAACUCGAGUUUAGAAGGUGCAACAUUACAGGGAUACAAUUGUCACAACUCCUGCUGAACCUUCGUUCACUUAGGAGUUUCAAGUUAGACUAUUGUGGAGGGGUAGCAUCGUUACCUGUAGGGUUGUUUACAGAUGAACAAAAUCAAACAGCAGAAGGCUCAUGGCGCAUUCCUCCCAAUUGCUUGAGGUCUAUGCAAAGUUUGCAAAUCUCUUUCACAAGAGGAAAAGAAGAUGCGAGCUCAAUGAUGCUCUUUUCGAGCAAGCGAGGUCUGGGAAAUUUUGUAUCUCUUGAGAAAAUAGUCAUAGAAAAUUGCCUUACUCUGCUAUCUAGAAUGGUUUCAGGAGGAGCAUCCCACAUAUCUCCAUCCUCUUUGGUGAAACUCCACUUGACUGGCGUCCAAUACAGCAUUCUGCACUUCUCACAAGUCUCUUCUACUGUGGAUUUAGACGUCUCGGGAUGCCCGUCUUUGACAUGUCUCAACCUGGAUUCUUGCACUGCACUAGAAAAGCUGUCUGUUAGUGAUUGCCUUUUGCUACGGUCACUUGAAGGUUUACAAUCAUGUAUGGCAUUGCGGGAUUUGAGCGUCCGCAACUGUGAUUUACUGCAUUCACUCAGAGCAUCACUCAGCAGCCUGAAAACUCUGGCCAUAGAGGCGAACAAAAGCUUAGCAUCUCUGGAAUUGCAUUCGUGUACUGCACUGCAGAAACUAUGCAUUGAAGGCUGCCCUGGUUUGGCAUCAUGGGAAGGCCUGAAAUUCCUCUCUAGUCUUGACUAUUUGCGAGUUAAAAGCUCCCCAGGCUUCACAAGAUCAUGGGUAUCAGCGGCUGCAGAAGUCAAAAGUGAGCACAACUUCUCGCUACCACUUCAAGAGCUCUAUACUGAUGACAUUGGUGUUCUUUGUGUGCCCAUAUGCAGCCAGUUAACUUCUCUGAAAACACUAUUUAUCGAUGGAGGUCGUGGUGCUCGACAUGGCCAUGUGGAUAUCUUGAGCGAUAACCAUGUGAAAGGGCUGCUACUUCUCACCUCCUUGAGACAUCUUGCGUUGGAGGGCUUUGAGCAUCUCCAGUCAUUGCCCGCGGAACUUAAAUCUCUUACAUCACUCAAGAGACUAAAUAUAGGCAACUGUGGACGUAUCACUUCCUUACCGGUGGGAGGUCUCCCAGAUUCGCUUAAGGACCUGGAAAUCUUUCAUUGCAGCAAGGAGCUAAACGCAGUGUGCCGAGGGAUGCUUCAAGUUCGAAAAAUAAAUUUGAGUAUUGAUGGAACCGAUGAGGAAUAAUUAGCUUGGUUAAUCUUCAUAUUCCAGUUAUUCUUUUCCACACACAGGAAGAAGUUUUCGAAUUUUACUAGAAAAUAGCACAUCUUUGCCACGCCAUGUGGCCCGUCACCGGGAUCUAUAGUUGAAUUUAUGUUGACAAUGUUACAUAAUGUUUGUAGAAACAGAUCUGGACUUGCACUGUAAAAAAUAAGAUCUGAGACAAAAUAUUUUAGAUAUAUGUAAGUACUUAUAUUAUUUAGAAAAUGUUUACAU